UGGCGGCAAAUGGGCUUGGGCGGCUCCUUGGCGGGUGGUGGCGGUGGCCGUAGCGGUUCCUCUUGGCCCUGUUAAUGUCGGGGCCAGGCCCGGGGAGGAUGGCGCCCUAGAGCCCGGCCUUGCUGGGGUAGGGGCGGGAGGGGACGGGGUGGGGACCGGCCAUGUCGGAGGUGACCCGAAGUCUGCUGCAGCGCUGGGGCGCCAGUUUUAGGAGAGGCGCCGAUUUCGACUCUUGGGGCCAGCUGGUGGAGGCGAUAGACGAGUAUCAGAUAUUAGCAAGACACCUACAAAAAGAGGCCCAAGCUCAACACAAUAAUUCUGAGUUCACAGAAGAACAAAAGAAAACCAUAGGCAAAAUUGCAACAUGCUUGGAAUUACGAAGUGCAGCUUUACAGUCCACACAGUCCCAAGAAGAAUUUAAACUGGAGGAUCUGAAGAAGCUAGAACCAAUCCUAAAGAAUAUUCUUACAUAUAAUAAAGAAUUCCCAUUUGAUGUUCAGCCUGUCCCCUUAAGAAGAAUUUUAGCACCUGGUGAAGAAGAGAAUUUGGAAUUUGAAGAAGAUGAAGAAGAGGGUGGUGCUGGAGCAGGGUCUCCUGAUGCCUUUCCUGCUAGAGUUCCUGGUACUUUAUUACCAAGGUUGCCAUCAGAACCAGGAAUGACAUUACUCACUAUCAGAAUUGAGAAAAUUGGCCUGAAAGAUGCUGGGCAAUGCAUUGAUCCCUAUAUCACAGUUAGUGUAAAAGGUGCAGCUAUUUUCUUUGAAUUCAAACACUACAAGCCUAAAAAAAGGUUUACCAGCACCAAAUGUUUUGCUUUCAUGGAGAUGGAUGAAAUUAAACCUGGGCCAAUUGUAAUAGAACUAUACAAGAAACCCACUGACUUUAAAAGAAAGAAAUUGCAGUUAUUGACCAAGAAACCACUUUAUCUUCAUCUGCAUCAAACUUUGCACAAGGAAUGAUCCUGACAUGAAUACCCUGGAACUUCUGUGAAUCUUACCACUCAGUAGAAACCAUCCUAGCUCUGUGUAGCACAUUCGCCCUUCAACAGGCAGGAAGCAAGCCGUACCCAGGCCAGCAGGCCAGAGCGAGUCCAUUACACAGCUGUAGCACAGAAUUCAAAGUCCAGCACGUCACUGAUGUGAAAGACUCCUCUGGAUACAGGCUUAUUGUAGAUCUUAAAACAUUUUCACUUUUCUAUUGAUUGUGCAAUGAAUAGCCUCUUCUCUAAUUUGCCACUAUUCCUGCCCUGCUUCCUGGAACGACACUGUUGUGGGUGGAAUGUGCUCACCUUCACACUUAAUACAGCAAUAAGAGUGUGCUAGAGUUUACACACCUGUCCACUUCUGCUCCAAUAUGCUCUUCGGUUUUUUGAGUUAAUGUCAAACUUUGGGUUGAUGUGGGUAGGACAGUAUGAAACUGCUUUGAGAGGAAUUGGACCAAUUAUGCGGCCCAAGGUCAGUCUGGAAAUUUAUAGGCUGCUCCUCAGAGACGGCCUUGAUUCCCCCUGAUCUCAUGGUUCUCCUGCUUAGAAAUAGUGUGCCUUGGCCAAAUCAGUAUCCCAUAUGGGCGUGUUCGCAGGUGGUAGCUGUGAUUUUUCCAGAUGACCGGAUCGUUUUUCUGAAAGUGAGCAUAUUUUUAGUCAUGUUGAUUAGCUUUUUUCUACAUCAGAUCGUUACUCUUUCUGAUAGUGAUUCUGGGGUUAGUGAUGGAACCAUCUCAGAAUAAUUACAAAUUCUUGGUGGGUUUAUAAUGUCUUCUAAGUCGUGUAAUCUAAAAAUAAUUUGAGUCAGAUGCUAACAAGAUACCGCAGGAAUAACUGCUGUUUUUCUGACAACUGAUUGUGAAACCUUAAAACCUGCACACCUCUUCUUACAGUGAUGAGUAUGCAAAUCUGGAGAGAUUCUAGUUUUUUUUUAUAUAGGUAGAUAGGAUUGCCAUUUAUUUCCUAUGUAGAUAUACUGACAUUCAUCCAUAUGGAAAUAUUGCAGGUCAUUAGCUUUUUAUAAUUUGACUAUUUACAUUCUUUUGACUUAAUAAUGGGGCAUAAAUAAAACUUUCAUAGAACACACAAGGUGGAUAUUUGAUACACAGAACAUUUAAGAUUGGGGGUGGGCAUUCUGUGGGUUAGAUGUGGAGCCCACAUAUUUAAUAUUCACUAUUUUAAAUGACCAAUGCUAGCAUGAGGGGAACGCGGUGCCAGUACUUGGCCUACUUUUAAACUCGUGUAAUAAGCCUAGUCAAUACCGUUCAGUAUGUUUGCUUUUUAAAAUAAGUAACCACAAUUAAGUCCUAGCCCUUGCACUUCAAGAGAUCUAGUCUCCACUUUCAGUUGUCUGUUAGGUCAGUUCUGUUUACUAUGAUGGAUGUUAAAAAACUGUAUGAGCCUGAAGAAUUCUCAACCCAAUUUAGUCUUGCUUCCCUCUUGAUUAGUUUAAUUCCAGAUGAUUCCAUCCACAGUAGCUUGAGGGGAUGAGGAAUUUGCCUUAAUAAAUUACUUUGUUGUUCACUCAACUCUUAGACUGUGAGUUGUCAGCCCCGUGCCCUGCCCGCCCCAGACUGUAAGCUCCUCAGGGGGCAAGAACCACACGUUCUCCAUGUCACGUACAUUUUCUGAGGUGCUUGGCAGCGCUCUGUACCCUGUGGAGUACUCAGUACCUUUUGUUUGAUGUUGCUGACAAGACCUAAAAAUAAUCCCUUAAAAAACCUACCAUUAAAAUGUAGCAAAACUGAUACACUGUUCUUUCUCUUUUCUCAUAGACCGUAAGACAUGUAUAUCAAGGUGAUAGUUUGUCACAUCUGCUGUCAUUCACAAAAGUAUGGCUUAGAUGAACUACAAAUGCCUUUCAUCAGUGUUAAAGAAGCUUAAAUCGAACACGGCUGAUUAGCUUAGCUUUGUAAUUCAGACCUGAAUGAAAUAACAAAACGAGCGACUGUCUCGAAGCAGUAGACACAGAAUACUCCACAUCCCACAAAUUAUUUACUUUUCGAUGAAAAGAUCAGCCAUUGAAUAGUAACCACAACUACAGCAGACUUCCAGGCUGAAACGCUGCUGCUCCGUAACUGAGAUGACUUUAGCAACUAAGCCCAGAAAGACGGUCAGUUAGCUGGAGAUGACUUCUGAAACAGACGUAAUUUUCAAGCCAGUUGGGGCUGAUGGGACUCAGGGUGAUGCCCCCCACACCCUCUCCAAAUUGGCAGCUUGCCUGGGCUGGGCUGCCGAAGGGGUGCAAACAGAGGUCUCUGAGAGGCGGCAGGGACGGCAAGUCUGGGGCCGCUCGGCUAAGCCACAGGUGGCAGUUCUCUACAACUCAAUAUGAAACACAGAAUAAACACCAAAAAGGCUUUAGAGGUUAAAAAAGAAAAAGACUCCAGGAUUUGAUGUUGAGAUAGAUUUAAUUUACCUUUGCUACUGUAUUAUCUUCCUAACUGGUGUAAUCUCUAUUUAAAUACUAUUUAAAAAAUUUAUCUUAACUUCACUAUUAUUUCACGUCCUGAAGAGACUGAUAUACUCAAAAGCUGUAUUUGUGACUUAAUCUUUUUAUUUUACAUGGUUAAGAAUAACCUAUGCUGUUAACUAUGGAGUUUUCCUCUUAAAUUUCUUCUAUUCUUGAUAAUAAACAGGACACAGAGAUAGAAUUCUCUUUUCCUGAAAAA